GACCCUGGCAGGACUGUCAAGCUGCUCAACGGGAUGGACAGGCCAGUGGCAUCACCAUGCUGCAACCGACGGGUGCCCGGGGCAUCAUCCAGGCCUGGUGUGACCAGGAGUAUGAUGGAGGAGGUUGGACUGUCCUCCAGCGGCGGCAGGAUGGGUCGGUCAACUUCUUUGUCACCUGGCAGCACUACAAGAAUGGUUUUGGGAACCUGGAAGGAGAACACUGGCUGGGUCUGGACUCUAUCUACUGGCUCACCCGCCAGGGCACCUACCUGCUACGGAUAUGGAUGGAAGACUGGAGCGGGCGACAGGCACAUGCUGAAUAUGACACCUUCGCCUUGGAGCCUGAGAGCGAUUUUUAUCGGUUGCGGCUAGGGCGCUACCGGGGCACUGCUGGCGACUCCCUCUCUUGGCACAAUGGCCGACAGUUUAGCACACUGGACCGGGACCAUGAUGCUUACUCAGGUAAGAUAGAAUCAUAGAAUAAUAGAGUUCAA